AAAAAAUUGAACAAAUCAAGAAGUAUGCAGCAAAGUAUGCGUGGGUUGCAACAUUCAACUUUCUAAGUCUUGGAGAGCAUUUAUUAAGUAUUAUUUUGUUUUUCCAUAAGAAGAUAUUUAUUUUUUACAUUCCCUGGGUCUCGAAUAUGUCUGCAACAUCAAAAUCUCAUUUACAAAAAAACCAUUCCAAUAAUAAUUCCCAAAGUUUGCCCCGUUUAACAACGAAUUGUGCUGGCUGCUUAAAUGAAUUGAAUCCAUCCAACGAUGAGGAGGAAAGUAUAGAAGCUUUGGGCCAAGAAUGGCAUACUGACUGCUUUCGUUGUUCAGUAUGUGAUAAUCAUCUGCACAAUUGGUAUUUCGAGAAAGAAGGUCUGCUGUUCUGCCGAGAUGAUUAUUAUCAACGUUUUGGCGAGGCUUGCCAACAGUGCACCGAUUUCAUAUCCGGUCCUGUUAUGGUGGCUGGUGAUCAUAAGUUUCAUCCAGAGUGUUUUUGCUGUUCCAUUUGUCACACCUUCAUUGGCUAUGGCGAAGCAUUUGCUUUGCUGGAGCGCUCUAAGCUUUUUUGCGAUAGCUGCUAUAAGAAAAAUAUGAAAAGUGAAGGUGCCGCCUUGGAUGCCAUUAAACCACAUUCCAUACGUUUGGUGGAAAUACCAAAGGACAUUACAUCCAGUCUACGCUUAUCGGUUGACAAUAUAAAUGUUACGCAGCGACAUCAUCUCAGUAGUGGUGACAGCUGGUAUGCCCGAGUAUAUAAUUCACCUUCAGCCUCAACGAUAGACGGCAAAGCUGGUCUGCUGACAGGAAGUUCGUCGGAAUUGUGUCCAGCUGUGCGGAUUUCUGAAUUCAUUUGUAAGGUUUACGGACGUGUUGGCAAAUACGUUUUCUCCCUUAUUACCUCGGUAAUAGAUCAGUGUUGUGGGGCUUAUAGAAUUGAUGUAAAUCUCACCAACCUGCAUGUGGGAGAUCGUAUUUUGGAAGUCAAUGGUACUCCGGUUAGUGACAACUCCAUUGAGCAGAUAGACAAAAUGAUUCGCAGCACGGAGGUGUUGCAAUUGACCGUUGAACACGAUCCCAUACAGGUGUGUCGUAGCUGCAGUCAUGUGGAUAUUAAGAAGGUUACGAGCGAGGUGUCGUUGCCUCUGACAACCUCUGCGUCCAGUGUUGAGGUGUUUGGGCGCACCUAUGGCAGCAGUGGCGGCAGUACAGUGACUACUGUAACGCAAAACGAUGCAUCGCCCACACGUUUGACAAAGCAGGAUAAGGAACGCAUAUACAAACGAAAGGAUGAGGGUUAUAUUAGUGGCACCAAGACGCGGCAACUUCGCAAGUGCAAGAACUUGAAUAACAUGGCGGCCAGUGAGCUGGUGGGUUCCUGCAACAGUGAAACCAACAGUUGUACUUCGAUUUCUUUUCGAGGCAAGGAAAGAUGUUCCAGCAUGUCCAAACUGAUGGGUGCCGAUACACAUGCCGAUGAAACGUUACCCAACAAUGAUCUUUCCCGUACAAAAUCGUUUCGCGUGGAGCAACAACCUUCGCGCGUCUUCCGGCCUUCCGAUCUGGUAGUUGGUGAAAUGUUGGGCAAAGGAUUUUUUGGUCAAGUAUUUAAAGUCACACACCGCAACACCAAGGAGGUGAUGGUGCUGAAGGAGCUCUAUCGUGUCGAUGAAAAUGCCCAGAAUAAUUUCCUCAAAGAAGUGGCCGUUCUUAAGUCUCUGAAGCACAAGAAUGUGCUGAAGUUCAUAGGGGUUUUGUACAAGGACAAACGUUUACAUUUGGUCACCGAAUACAUUGCUGGAGGAUCGCUAAAGGAAUUGCUGCAUGACUCCGGCUUACCUUUGACCUGGCCAGAACGCAUUUCCUUUGCCAAGGACAUAGCUUGUGGCAUGUGCUAUCUGCAUUCGAAAGACAUCAUUCACAGGGAUUUGAAUUCGCUGAAUUGUCUUGUUAAGGAUGAUCGAACCAUAAUUGUGGCCGAUUUUGGUUUGGCACGCAUAAUCAAUACAUCACUAAGUACAAAAUGCAAGGUCUCCAGCCAAAGUGGCGGCAGUGAGAAUGUGGUGGAUGCCAAUGUUGAAAAUGUGGGUACCUGGGGCCGUAGUAAGAGUCGUCAGCGACGCCAGAGAUACACAGUGGUGGGAAAUCCGUACUGGAUGGCGCCGGAAAUGAUGAAAGGCCUUAUCUAUGAUGAAAAGGUCGAUGUAUUUUCCUUUGGCAUAGUUUUGUGUGAGAUAAUUGGCCGAGUUCAAGCAGAUCCAGAUUUUUUGCCGCGUACCUCUGAUUUUGGUUUAAAUCAAAAAGUUUUCCGUGAGACUUUCUGCAAUCAAUGCCCCGAGACCUUUUAUAAGAUAGCCUUUCUAUGCUGCGAUUUAAAUCCCGACAGAAGACCUUCGUUUGAAAUAUUGGAAGUAUGGUUGGAAAACUUGCAGAAGUACAUAGCCUCAAAUCAGCCUAUACCACAGGAGCUUAUGUAUGACAUAGACAGCUAUCAGGGAGGUAGUAUAAGUUCAACGCCCGUAGAUAUUUUGACCCCAAAAUCCAACCUGAGCCGUGAUAAUCUAGACGAAGUGGGUCAAAUAGGCAUAACCUCAGUACAAAAUAUUCCCGCAGACAGUCCCAAAGAAAAUUUGGUCGAUAAAGUGGAGGAGGAAAUAGUGGAAAGCAAAUUGCUGCCAGACGGCAUACCAAAGUCGCCGCAUUUGGGCAAGGAUUUUUCACCCUCUGGUGAACGUAUACACAAUAGUAUGCGAGCCAGACGUAGGCAACGUUACUUACAAGCUCAAAAUGCUGGCAACCAAGGCGAAGAACAAAGCACCGAUAGAGUCUUGCAGGCGGUAAAAGAUUCUUUGCAAAGUGAUGAUCAAAGGCUAAAGCCAAACAAACGCAAUUUAGAUCGAGGAUUCAUUCUGGACAUAAACCGCAGUGGCAUACUGCAUAUUAAUAAUGUACGCGACCUAAACAAUCUCUCCGAUUUUGAUUCAAGCUGUGAUACCAGCCUAAACUAUCAUGAGGUGAAUGCCAUUGAAGAAGUGCCAACGUCAACGACAAUGACAACAACAAAUAUAACAGCAACGAAAGAAGAACCUAGGCCCAUAACUACAAGAGACAUUACUCUAAACACAAUACAAGAAAUUGAAAAAUCCCCCCCAGACAUGUCCAAAACCAUUUCAUCGCCUCAAAUGGAGAACAACGAGAACAUCAUUGAAAGACAUACCAGCCCCUCAACCUCAAAUGUAGCAGCUAUUGCAGAACAAGAACAAACAAGUAUUGACUCUUUGAAUAACAUUAAACGCAAUCUUGCCGACAAAUCCUACAAAGUAGCCUUAGAAGAUUUUCGCACCAAACUGAAUUUAUGCAAAAAGAGAAUCGAUGCCAUCGAAGAGGCCAAUCGAAAAAACUACAACAGUUCCCAAAACUCAAUGAGAUCCUUCUUCAAUGUUAAAAGCAAUAGAGAUGUCUUUAAAUCUCCGCCGGAUUCAUUGAAAAUGUUUCAGCGCCUUGAGGCGAGCGAUGGGCAUGUUACAGAGGUUAAGAAUGCUUACCGAGUGAAUCAAACUCCAGUGUUUGGACGCAAGUUACUACAGUCAAAACCCACCGAAAUGUAUAAACCACGAUCAGAUUCCUUGGAGAAUUUGGACAAAAUAUGCGCCGACAAUAAUACAAACGAAAAGAAGGAAACAAGUCCGCCAAAGAGGCCAAAACUGCCAAAAGAGGGAACGUUUAAAAGUUACAUCACCUCUUUAGAGGUUACACCCACUACAACGGAAAGUCUACCGCCCAAAAAGGAUAGGUUAAGAGUCUCCAGCAAUCUACUCAGUAUAAGAAAAACCUUGAAUUUAUCUCCCACCCCUUCGAGAAACCAAGAAACAAAAAGUUUUAGUCAUCGAACUCUGUCACCAACAAAAUCAAGUGAAGCCAAGCGGGUGACAAAUGCAAAACCAGAUAUUCCAACAACAUCAAGAAGCCAACGUAGCUUCACACUGUCAGCCCCCACAAAAGCAACAACCAAUCGCCUUACUAUUUUAAGUCCUGAGAAAGUGCAUCGUUUGAAUGCCAAAUUAAGUGAUCAGAAAAAAUCAUCCAAGACAAAUAAUAACAACAACAACAGUAAAGUGUUUGAUUCCAAGCCACUAGUGGUGACAUGCACAAGCCCUUCAUCACCAACACCUGUAUCAGCGACAAUCAUCAGUCCACCAGCAGCCCAAACAAAUCGAAAUUCCAAUAGCGAGCAUCAUGAUAAACAAAAACGAAAUCCCGUCUCUAGAUCUCAAUUCUUCACGCGUUGUUAGUAAAGGGCCAGUGCGAAAGAAACUCAAGAUUACAAAGAAUCUCUACGCGAAGUUAAAAUACUCGAUUGAAAGGACCAUUAUGCAAUACGAACGACAAAUAAACGAAACGAAAUUAAAUAGAUGUUGCUCAAAUAAGAAAAAACAACAAAAACAAUAAGCAAGUAUAACGAAGGAUAUGUGUAAGUAAAUUAAAGAAAAAAAAAGAGAGAAACUACGUUUCCAAGUGCCUGAUAAUAAUAAUAUAUUAAGGUAUAUAUUUAGCGAUAGAACGAUAAUGAACGACUAGUAAUAAAUAUACACUAAUACUUAACAAGCAAACAAACAUACACACACAUACAUCCAUUUACAAACAAACACACGCAUACAUUCGAAUAUACAUACAUAGAUACCAAUACGUAUAUGUAAAUAUA